AUGUCGCAAGCGCAUUAUCCUCCGCCGCCCAUGUCGGCGCCGGCACACGUUACAUCAUUCCCUCCUCCUCCACAGCCAUCUCCUGGAUUCGCACCGCCAAAUUUCAGCUAUCCACCUCCACCGAGGCAAUCGCCCCCUACAGCUGGAGCGUACCCUGGGCCUCCUUCGUCCGUCAGCCCACCCGCGCCUAGCAUUAGCCCUCCAGUAGGAAACCCCAUCGGCAAUGAGUACCAGCAGUAUGCGCAGCAGAACGUCCCAUCGUAUCAACAAAAUGCUGCCAUCAUGAGACCCCCCUCAUCACCACCACAGUCAGCUCCUAUCGUGCAACCACAAAUUCCUGGAGCAGCGCCACCUGGACAGUUCGUGGGAGCAUCGGCUACCAAUGAAGAUAUGGUUGGAACGUUCAAUGGAGGGAGUUAUCGCAUCAGCCACCGCGAUUCAAACUCCCUUUUGACUCUGCAACUUGCAAUGGGAUGCCCCCUAACUGCUAAGCCCGGUGUGAUGAUUGCAAUGUCUACUACCAUAACGCUUCGAGGUACCGUUAGCUUCGGUUGGAAGAAGCUCAUUGCAGGUGGCGAAAUGUCGAUGUCUAACUAUACCGGCCCCGGCGAACUCCUGUUGGCUCCUUCGGUCCUGGGUGAUAUCAUUGUUCUCCGAAUGAAUGGUGACCAGGAGUGGAAGAUUGGACGCGAUGCUUUCUUGGCCUCUACAUCAGGCGUGAAGCAUAAAUACCAAGCUCAGAGUCUUGCAAAGGGAGUUUUCUCUGGAGAGGGUCUGUUCAUUUACAAGAUUUCCGGAAAUGGAUUGCUUUGGAUGCAGAGUUUCGGUGCAAUUAUCAAGAAAGAUCUCAAGGAUGGUGAGACAUACUACAUUGACAAUGGUCAUCUCGUUGCUUGGAACUGCAAGUACAAGAUUGAGCGUGUUGCCUCGGGUGGUAUCAUUUCUGGACUCAGUUCUGGUGAAGGUCUGGCUUGUAAGUUUGAAGGACCUGGCACGGUGUAUCUGCAAACGAGGAACUUGAAUGCGUUCGCUGGUCAGAUGAAGAUGAGUACAGCGAGUGGUUAG